AAUUGAUAAACCUUGCUGAUAAGAGAUAAUGGCAUAAUUAAUAAAAUUGUUUUUAAAAUACUUGCUUUAUUUUAUGCCAUACUGCCCCAUUAGUGUUUUCAGAAUACUUUUGUAGAAAGAGAUUUAAGAUGGUUUGCUAGUUUUCUUAGUAGCUUCUUUUCUCUGCCUACUGCUUCACUAACAUUUUAAAAGUAAACAUACCAAUUAUCAUAUAACGAACGUAAUAACAAAAAUUCUAUAUGGAGAAGGAAAUCUUGGAAUGCGUUUUGAAGAGGAACUGUAAGGACCUAACUCCAGAAAAAGUGGUAAGCUUGGAGAUAGUUCCUGCUGUUGAAAAGUAUGUGAAUUUCUUGUCCAGCGUCAACAGGUACAAUCUCAAAGUCGUCCUAGGAAAUGGCAGAACUGUUAAAAAAAGUCUGUUUGUUAAAACAGCAUCCACAGAUGCAUUUAUUGAUGCAUUUAACAAUAGACUCGGCACAUUCAAGAAUGAAACUAUGAUGUAUACCACAUUAAAAGAAAUGGAGUACCUAAUGGAAGAAUUUCAAGAUUAUGAUGAUAUUCUUUGGUGCCGAAUGAUCUAUCAUAUUCCUUACACCUGCAUCGUAAUGGAAGAUUUGAAGGCCAAGGGUUUCCGUAUGGUUGGAAAGACAGAUCUCUUUGAUUUUGAACAAGGAAUGCUUGGUGUUCACGCUCUUGGUAGGUAUCAUGGAAUGUGUAAAGCACUAGAAGAAAGAGGACAUCUUUCACUGCAAGGAUUAAGGCCUUGGUUUAUUUUUGAUAAGGACACACAUCAUCAUAUGUAUUGGAGUAUCGUCUCGUUGGUGGAAGGAAUAAAAAAAUUAUGGGAUCCUAAGUGGAUUCCAGUAGUAGAAAAAAUAAAACUUACAACAGAAUCUUUGACUCAAAGACUAGAAAAACUAAAUGUGAUUGAUGAAACCAAAUUUAAUGUUUUAAAUCAUGGCGAUGUUAAUAAAAAUAACAUUGUCUUCAAAUUUAAUUAUGAUGAGCGACCUGUUGCAGUAAGAUUUGUGGAUUUUCAAAUGUUGAAUUACGGAUCUCCAUGCAUAGACCUUAUGUAUUACAUAUAUCUAGCAUUGCAGCCCUCUAUUCGACAUGAAAACUUUCAGCUGUUCGUAAGAACAUAUUAUAAUGCUCUUAUAAAUACUUUGGAUAAGUAUCAAUACAAGGGAAACAAACCAAACAUUGAAGAAAUCAUAGAGGACAUGGAGAAAUAUUCUUUCGUUGGUCUGUAUUUAUUCCUCACUAGGUACCCAACUUUAUAUAUGUCAGAGGACCAUAAAAUGGAUGCAGAAAAAAUAAAGGCCACAGAUGGUAGGGAAGGAUUUCCGGAUCAAAUGUUUAAGCCCGAAAAUCUCGAAGAUGCAAUAGGAACGGAUUUAAAAACUUUUGUUGAAUUGUUUUUCUGAAACAGUAAAUUAAUGAGCAAAAUUUGAUGUACAGUCCAUUAAAUUUUAUUAUAAUUUGAAUACUGACUAUUCUUCCUAAUGCCAUUUAUUUUUUUAAAUCAGUCUUGAAAUUGUUUAGAUAUAUUGAAAAGUAUUGAAUAGCCUUGAUUAUUCAAACACAUAGAUUGUAUGGCCCGUUUGAAGUAUUGAAGGUUAAAUUUUAAAUGAAGACAAAUUGUGUAAGGUAACAAAAAUAUAUGUAUUGUCAGUUAAAUAUAAACACAUAGUAAAAAAAAAAAUUUUUUUUGAAAAUGAUCUUAUAGUGUAUGUCGAGUCUUCCAUUUUGUAGCUAAAUAAAACGCGUCUGUUCUCGCAAAUUCUUAAAAAGUAUAAGGCUUCAGUAAUCGACAUUGUAUCCAUUGAUCCACUCCAAGCAAGUAUUAAAUGACUUUAUGACGUUUCUAUGACUUAUGUAUAAUGAAAAAUAAAAUAAAGAAAUUUCCCAGUAAAAUAAAAUCAAUAUAAAAUUCCAUGGCUUCUUUUGAAAUUAUCAAGCAAACCUUUAACUAAAAUCUGCUUUGUCAUGCUCCUUAAAAAAAAUUAUUAAAGAGAAACUUUGCCUUUUCAGAUAAUAUAUUCCCAGAAAUUACACAAUACAAUUCGACACUACCAAACAAAGCAAUUCCAGUAAUAUGUACUGAGAAACAGAGCUAUUUCUAUUCCGUCUCUUGUGGUUCACGUUUAACUUCUUUUUCUUUGUGUUUGGAUUUUCAAGGGUUUCGAUUUAUCGAGACCGUUCUGUGAAUUCAAAUGGAAACCUAAUUUACUAUAUUGAAAUCAUUAUUAUUUUUUUUUUAAAAAACAUCAAAAAAGUGAAUAUUUAAAACA